AUGGAGCGAACAAAGUACGUUACAAAGUCAACGACACAAUUGAUUAAUAGCGUUGGGAAAAAAAGAAUUCUCCUUUCACUCGUAAAAGAUAUAAAAAACGGAGAUAUUGAGAGCGCCAAUAUCAGGCUUGAGAAUCUAGAAAGAAAAGGAAAUCUUGAAUGGUUGGAACAUUAUAGAAGUCAAAGUGAGACUCUACUCCAUUUAGCAGUCAAGAAGCAUGAUGAUGAAUACUACAUAAGAAAGCUCGCAGAACUAUGUCCUGAUUUAAUUUUUGUAAAAAACCAAGAAGACUUUUUUGGACAGACAGCCCUUCACAUAUCCAUUACCAAGGGAAACGUUGUAUUGACUAAAAUACUGUUGGAUGUUGUCCAACAGAAAAAAAACAACAGAAUGUCUGAAUUAUUACAAACAUUGGCGACAGGAGGUCGGUUUGUGAACACUGUGAUGAUGGGACAACUUCCUCUAACAGUAGCUGCACUGUCAGGCAAUACUGAGAUCGUUGACGUUCUCUUAGAAUAUGGAGCUAAUUUGCAUGAUCAAAACAAAGAGGGUGAUACCGUAUUUCAUUCUUUAGUUAAAUAUGCAGCAAUAUACCCAGAAAAAGUAAUGACUAUUAUUCAAAUGUUGCAAUAUCUUAACCAAAAAGUGGAAAGCAGAUAUCAAAUUGACACAACGAUAGAUUACAACUCUAAAGAGGAUGAAUAUCGACAUAUACAUUCGUUUGUUUGGUUCAUAAAAAAUGAAGAGAACAUGACCCCACUUCAACUUGCCGCGAAACACGGCGUUUUUGAGCUUUUUGAAGUGAUAAUUAACAUAAGAAAUGUUUACUGCUUUAUCAGAGAAAACGAUGGGUUGUUUGACGUUAAAGAGUACGACAUAACAGAAAUAGACACCGUUAGCAAUUUUCGCACCUCUGAUCAAGGAAUCGAACGAGUUGCUUCCAAACCAGAAAACAAAUCUCCACAAUUUGAAGGAGUACCUAAAAAAAGGCCUCACAUAUAUGAAACACCAUGUGCCCCUUGCUGUUUCAAUCCCGGUUCUGAUUCUGUAUUAGAAAUGCUAUUCAGAUAUGACUACGACAGAAAAGAUGCCUAUCGUAUUAUUGAGUUAACUCCUGUAAAAAAUAUCAUAAAAAUGAAAUGGGACAUUUAUAAGUGGGUUUUCAUGUUGUUGAUGAUACUUCAUUAUCUUUUUAUGAUAUUUUUUACUAUAUAUAGCGUAUACAACGUUGAAUUAGGCAUUCAAAGUGUCUCCGCUGGGAUGUACAUCGUUUUUCGAGGAACAGGCGAAGAAGACUUUACUUCAUACAGAAGUACGAUGAUGGCAAUGUUUAAGCUUGGAAUUGGGAUCAACGAUAUUAGCGUACUAUAUUCUGCCCGAAUUCCGUGGGUAGCGGUUACAAUCUUCAUUGUCUUUACAGUUUUCACAUAUCUACUCAUGCUUAAUGCCUUGAUUGCAAUGAUGUCACAGACAUGUUCCCUUGUGCUAGAAGAACGGUUUCCUCAGUGGCGAAUACAACAAUUGUCUAUUGUUCUCUUAAUAGAGGAUAUAUUCCGGUAUUGCUGUUUUAAGUAUAGAUUGUCAUGUAUAGGGACACCAAUAACUUCAAAAGGUUAUGAUCCAAUGACAAGGACAAAGAAAAAAAGGCGAUUCGUCUUAGAAAUACAUUCCUUGCAAAUGGAAUAUGCGACACAAGAGGACAAAACAUGUAUUAAAGAUAAAUCUGCCGAAAUGCAAACACUAUGCCUACAACCCAGCGCAAAGGAAUGGCAUAUCACGUUUGGGAAUUAA